CAGAAUAAAAAGCUGGAAUUGAAUAAACUUGAACAAAAAGUAUAUGUGACCUAAUGAAAGUAAAAGGAAUGUAUUGGAAUAAAUGCAAGUUUUUUUAUGCUAAAACUGCCUAUUUGAAUGUGAUUCAUUUGUUGUCCAUUUCCUCUUUUUAGUUUCUCCUGACCACACCCUCCGUCCCUCUGUUCUUCCUUUCUCUUCUCCUGCCUAAACAUUUGUAUUUGACAAUAAUGUUGUUACAUACAAAACCUGACACUUUGAGCUUUGUGUUUUGAGGUUUGUUUACUGAGAACUGAGGUUCAGUUUGAGAGUCAUGUGACCAACCCCUUCUGGAAAACACAAACGUGGAUUCAAUUUCAUCCUAACAAAACAAGUUCCCGCCUUCUUCCCUUUUUCUUGUGAUGAGAAGAUCAAGGGAGAGGCAGAAAUGUCAGCGGUCAGAGACAUGUAUGAAGGACUGGAUGUUGAAAACAUGACUGAAUCGGAACAAAGGAGACACAGAAAUGGGAUGUGAUCAGUGUCUCUGGACAGCUGGAGGAAUUGGAACAAUUCUGUGACAGAUUUAUGCAACAUCUGCAGGGGUUUCAAGACAAUGAUGAUGAGAUUGAAGAGCUGAGAGCAAGAAUACAAGAACUCGAAUUAGAAAACAGAAGACUUAGAGAACAAUGACCGCUGCCAAAGAUAUGAGAGAGCAUGUUAACCGGCCAAGAUGAAUCCUGGACCAGUCCUGCAUCAUUUCAGCGUUUUCAAUAACAACCCAUGUGUUCUACUGUAAGAAAACAAACAUACAUUGUUGUUUUAUUUCUUUGUUUUUAUGUUUAAUUUCAUAAUCAUUAGUCAUUUAUAAGUUGUCAUUUUAUUUAUCAUUUAUUCAUAUUAUUAUUAUAUGAUUUACAUCAUUUAUUCAUUUUAUCAUUUUGUUGUUAUUAUUAUUAUUAUUCAUGUCAUUUUAUGUUUUUAUAUUUUAUUUUACUUAUUUUCCUGCUCUUGCAGUGCUUGCUAUAGUUGUUUAAUCUUCUGAUUGUGUGGUUUGAAGGGAUGUUUGUCUUCACGAGAGAAUGUCUGCAUUUCAAGGUUUUUAACGUCAUAGGACGAUGUUGUGAAACAGUAUUUUCCACUGCUUUUCCCUUGGUAUAACAACACUUGUUGGAAUUGUACUGGUCAGAUGAAGUCAGAGCAUUGAGAAGUGUAAUAUGCAACAUAUGCAACUAAGAUUAAUCAAUAAACUCUGCACGUUUUUAUCAUUAUCACUUCAUCUCCCACUUCUGCUCUUCUCUGACUUUCCCAGUAAACUCUCAGGCUGAUAGAGGACUGAUAUCUUCUGGCAGGGAUUCGGCGUCCGGGUUGAAUCUAUAUCUGAUAUUUCUGACAUGGAGAUCUAUCCUUUUCACAAUACAUAUCGUUUCAAAGCAGCUUUACAGAAAAUGCAUGUGUCUACAUUACAUAGAGUGAUCUGUUAUCAGAGGAGUCUAAGUUAUGUAUUUCACAAUUGUACAAAUCAUGCAGGUAGCUAACAAUGUAUUAAUUUAGUUUAAACAAUGUACAUAGCAAAAUCCUAACCCAGUCUCAUUAGAAAAACGUAACUGUGGGAAAGUUUUCGCGAGUCGCAAAAUACGUACCAAUACGUACAUAUCACUGCAUUUUCGAUGUGAAAUGUCUACUGAGUGGCGCUAAAAGCCGUGUUCAUUUUUAUUUAUUUUUUUGCCGGAACGUGAAUAUGGUAUGUUUUUAUGACGUUGGUUUUUAUACGAAUCACCGCAGUUCUAAUUUGAAAUUUGAACUCCAUUGCGUUUUAAAAUAACGUGCCACCAACACUACACCUAAACCUACCCGAUAGUGUUAACAAAAGCAAAUGUGACAUAAAAAGCAUCCGUAAUCGUGCCGUUUUAGCUUUUUUAGAUCUCUCUUUGACCGUGAUUCAACUUUCACAGGAUUCGUACCCAGGGCUUCCUCAUCUUAAGUACAACUCCGUAUCAGCUCAGCUACUGAGCAAGCUUGUUAUGUCAGAAAAGCGAAACAUAUGGAGCUGGUUAAGCGUGCAAAGUCUAAAAUAUAUUCGUUUACAAAUCGUGCACUCUGGUAAAAAAGCUUUUUAAGUCAUAACAUAAUAUUGUGCAAGGAGACGUGAAAAUGAGUCUUUAUUAAUCCAUAAUCUGACCCCGUAAUCAUAACUGUAUAUGAAAACGAUUAAAAGCGCUUGCCGUUUUACUGCGUUACUAGCGUUCAUUUCUGUUGGAAACUGCAGUGAUAUGAGUGUAUUGGUACGUAUUUUGGCAACUCGCGAAAACGUUCCCACAGGUGUGUAUUUCCUAUGAGACCAGGUUGCAAAAUCCCCAGAGUUAAAUCAGCUCUGCUCAGAGUGCAUAUGGUCCCUCUCUAAAUAGUGUUAAAGUAACACUGAAGCAGAGUUAAAGUUAAUGAGAUAAUUAAGCAAUUAAUAAGGCUGUGACUUAAGUCACUUGUAGUUCUUGUGUUUUUUCUUAUUUCUUCAGUGAUUCUGCUUGUUAACAGCAGGUGUUCAUCACUAAUGCGCAAACAAUUAAUUGAUUAAUUAUCUCAUUAAAUUUAACUCUGCUUCAGUGUUAUUUUAACACUAUUUAGAGAGGGACCAUAUGUACUCUGAGCAGAGUUGAUUUAACUCUGGGGAUUUUGCUGUGUAUUAGUUUAAAGCAGAAACAAUGAGCUCAGUGAAAUAAAGAAUACAUGUUGUGAUCAGUUAUACAGGGAUCUUGGAUCAAAUUUGUCACUUUUUACUUCCAAUGAAUAUUUCUCAUGGGUUUAUUUUUGAAAGUCAAUUUAAACUUUAAAGUGUUGACUACAGAUAAAAAUACAAUAACGGGGCAUGUUGUCACAAAGGGUGAGUAUUGUUCACUUGUUUAUCAACAAACUUGUAUAAAAUAUGGUGAUAUUUAAAUUUUAGUUUUGUUUCAAACCUACAUUUGUGAUGAUAUUCUCCUCUCAUUAUAAUUAUUCUUCAUUUUCUAAUAAAGAUUUUCAGUUUUUUUAACGACAUCGCUCUUCAUUUACUCUGGACGACAACACUACUGGAGAGGCCAGACUAAUGCAGAAGAAAGAAACUCCUACAGGUUUGGAACAACUUGAGGGAAGGAUGGAUUUUAUCUUUAUCUCAAGCAUCAUUCUAACCCUGAUCUUUCCAGUGCAUUGUGGGAAGAUCCUGGUGUUUCCUCAUGAAGGCAGUCACUGGCUUAACAUAAAUGUUCUGAUCCAGGAGCUUCACUCCAGAGGCCAUCAGAUCACCGUGAUCCGGGCCCUCGACAGCUGGUACAUCUCAGAGACGUCGCCCCACUACGUCUCAAUGACCGUCCCGUUUUCACUGGGUGGAGACGAUGAGUUUUACCGCAGUUUGGUUUCUAGACAACUGCAGAUCAAACGGCAGCGGCAACCGGCGUGGACCAGAUUCAGAUUGGACAUGGACCUCAAGGACAGGUUUUCCGAAAUGCACAAGAAGAUUUGCGAAAUGGUGAUCUUUAUAAUCGAGAACGAUCCUGUGCUGUUAGAACAGAUCAAACAAGCCAACUUUGACUUGAUGUUGACCGAUCCCGCAAACGGAGGAGGUGUUGUUCUCGCACACUAUCUGAAUCUACCCCUCGUCUUUAACGUCCGAUGGACUAUUCAUGGAGAAGCUCAUUUCCAAAUAGCCCCGUCUCCAUUGUCGUACGUUCCGUUCUCGCUUUCUCAGCUGACCGACAAGAUGACUUUCCUUCAGAGAACGUAUAACAUGCUGUUUUACACCCUUCGGAGUUUCCUUUACAAGCGUACCGUUGGUCCUCAUUACAGCGCUUUGUGCAGCCGAUAUUUCGGCCCUGAUUUGGACUAUUUUGAAUUAUUUCAAGCAGCUGAUAUUUGGCUCAUGACGGUGGAUUUUGUCUUUGAAUUUCCUCGCCCAACCAUGCCAAAUGUCAUUUACAUUGGUGGUUUCCAGUGCAAACCUGCAAAAGAUCUUCCGGGUGAUCUGGAGGACUUCGUACAAAGCUCUGGAGAGCACGGCGUCAUUAUUAUGUCUUUAGGAACAUUAGUUGGGCAGCUUCCUCUUGACAUAGCCGAUGAAAUAGCCGCUGCGUUCGCUCAGCUUCCCCAAAAAGUGAUUUGGAGAUACACCGGAGAGCGUCCGUCGACUGUGGGCAACAACACUUUACUGGUUAACUGGUUACCGCAGAAUGAUCUCCUAGGACAUGCAAAGACCAAGGUUUUUGUGUCUCAUGGAGGAAUUAAUGGUGUUUUUGAAGCCAUUUACCAUGGCGUUCCAAUAGUCGGGUUGCCGCUUGUUUUCGAUCAGGAUGAUAACAUUUCCAAAAUGAGACAUAAAGGUGUAGCUAAGGUUGUGGACAUAGCCACCAUAGAUAGAAGUAUAUUUAAAGAUGCCUUACAGGAAGUGAUUAAUGAGCCGUCCUACAGAACAAACAUGCAGAAGCUGUCCAGAAUCCACAGAGACACGCCAUUAAAACCAUUAGACAGCGCCAUCUUCUGGAUCGAGUUUGUCAUGAGACACAGAGGCGCUGCUCACCUGCGCACCGACUCGUAUAAAAUGCCCUGGUACUCGUAUUAUAGUGUUGAUGUCGUAGCGUUCUUAGUGUCGAUUGUGUCUUUUAUAGUUUUUAUUAUAUUUAAGGUGAUCAGAUGUUUAUGUUGCAGGUUAUGUGCAAAAAGAAAACGAGCAAAACAAGAUUAAGUUUGAGGGUGUCUUUAAAGGUUGUGGAAACACUGAAGUGAUACUGAGUUUGGGUAACUUCUAUGUAUCAUUUUUUUUUUUUUUUUUAUAUCAAUUUAACACAUCAUUGCUGAAAAAAAUAUUAAUUUCUUUCAAUAAAAAGAAAGAAAAAUAUUUUACAGACCCCAGACUUUUGAAUGGUAGUGUAUAUUGUUACAAAAGAUUUCUAUUUUGAAUUAAUGCUGUUCUUUUUUAACUUUUUUUUUUUUUUUUAUUCAUCAAAGAAUCCUGAAAAAGUAUCACAGGUUAUAAAAAAUAUUAAGCAGCACAACUGUUAUAUACAUAAAUAAAUCAUCAUAUUAGAAUGAUUUCUGAAGGAUCAUGUGACACUGAAGACUGGAGUAAUGAUGCUGAAAAUUCAGCUUUGAUCACAGGAAUAAAUUACACUUUACUAUAUAUUCACAUAGAAAACAGCUGUUUUAAAUUGUAAUAAUAUUUUGUGAUUUUUACUGUAUUUUCAAUCAAAUAAAUUCAGCUUUCAUCACAGGAAUAAAUUACAUUUUACAAUAAAUUCACAUAGAAAACAGAUAUUUUAUAUUGUAAUAAUAUUUUACAUUUUUACUGCAAGUUUUGAUCAAAUAAAUACAGACUUUGUGAGCAGAAGAAAAUCUUUCAAAAACAUUAAAUAAUAUGAAUUAUUCCAAACCUUUGAAUAACAGUGUAUAACAGUUUUGUAUAUAAGUGCUUUUCUCUCCAUUUUUGUUUUUUGGGCUGUUUAUGUGGUUUUACUGAUUAUGAGUAUAUCGACAUUUUUAAUUUAAUAAUGAAAUAAAAACCUUUUUAAUUUCAGUUAGUGUAACAGAGAUUUACCAUGUAGUGACCAUGUGAAUUUUGAUUAAAUGUUGUGUCAACCUGAAA